CACGCUUGGGUAUCAGUGUUUGACCGAGAAGCACUUUGCAUACUCAAAAGAGAAAGCGAACUUGACCGUCCAGUGCUGUUUGUUUCCGAAGCUUAUUUUUUUGGUAGUGACACCGUGAGAGCUUUUGUCAAGAUGGUGAAGAUGCUGGUCUUGUUUUCCCUCCUCGUGGCCAGCGCCGUCUCCGCUCCCCAAGGUGGAAGAUCCACAAACUUCCUCGUGGAAUACCGCGACUUGAAGCCAAGUGUUCCCGAAAUUGAAGUGAUUCCGGUGGACGCUUCUUCGCCUGAGAACCCGUCGGCAGGAGUUUACGAAAUUAACGAGAUCGCCCCGAAGGAGACGCCCACGGUCAGCUGGUUCAGGAGGUGGUUGCGUCGCAUUUUGGGUCGCAAGCCAGCCACGCCCACCCCCACUUCUGCUCCCACGCCCGCCGCGCCCACCACCACCACCACGACCCCCCGCCCACGAAGCCUCCACGGCGACACGGACGUCAACUACCUCGGUCCCAUCCCUCGUGAAAAUCCUGACGCGGAGAUCUUCGACGUCGAACUCGUGAGAGAGGAUGCGCUGAGGCACUCCUCCGGCCUCGCCCAGCCAAUCAGAGCACAGCCGAUGAUGUCACAGCCCAUCAGGUUGCAGCCGAUGAUGUCACAGCCAAUCAGAGCACAGCCGAUGAUGUCACAGCCCAUCAGAUCGCAGCCGAUGUUGUCACAGCCCAUCAGAUCGCAGCCGAUGAUGUCACAGCCCCUGAGAUCUCUCUGAGGUAGAGGGAUGUGCCAGUCGUCACGUCACAAGACAGCUUGACUUCAUCCUCGUUACAUCACAGAAUCACCCAACGCUCACAUCGGUCACCCUCACCACAAAAGCUAUUCGAUUCCCCUUCGUCCAUUCCCUCUUCUUUUUUCUUCCUUUUUUUCUUCAUCCAAGUGACCUCACGCACCCAGCUGUUCUCGCGCUGACCCCAUGACCCCGUUAGAGCAGCUUACUAUUUAUUUUUGCCAGUAUUAAGGGUCAGGAUUCAAGGAUAAUUUCACAUGGCGAGGUCAAUGCCCGCCUCCCGCUCGCGUUCUAUUUAUAUAGAGGAUCCGAAUGUCAAGGAAAAAAACAAAAAACAAAAGAGUGUCGUUGCGUUCGUUAUAAUUGUACCAAAGAUUUCCAUGGCAUUUAUAGGUGUGUGUGAUUAUCUCGUUAUGACUGUAUGCAUGUGUGUAGCAUUUCCUUAGGAUGGAGAUUAUGUAUUUUUGUUACCGAAUAAAUGUGCUUUGAAAUACA